UUAUACUUGCCAUUGACCAAAGAACCGUAAGAAACGUGGGUGUCAUGUCUGACACAAAGAAGAACUUGGAAUAAUGUCGGUGACAUGUUAACAGCAGGAGAAUGUUCAUAUGGUCCAAGUAAAUGGAAAAGUCAACAUAACACACAUGAAGGUUGUGGCUGUGGUUCUCCUUCUUGCCGGCACAAGCUUAGUAAAAGGCUCCAGAAAGAGAAGUGAACCGCAGCCUUAUGUGAAAUCACUGCAGCCACAUACGAACCCUGUCGACUGCAACAUUCCCCUGGAGGAACGCUACAACAACCUCUUUCUCAGCGAUGAGCGAAUUCGCACAAUGUCGCAGAGCCGAGAUCUUGGUGAGGUCUUCAAAAUCGACAAUGUCAAGUUCAGCUACGAUUUCCCUGGAAUCUGCGCCAGUAAUGAAUCAUUGAAAAGUCACCGUUUGAAAAGCAGCAACAGUCAGCCAACGUGUAAACAACGGUCCUCAGUGCAGUAUGGCAACACAUGCUGUGAGACGUUCUGUUCCCACAGCAAGAUGACUUUCACCGUCCCCUCCAGCGUUGUUUCAGUGUAUGACGGCUCCUCUUACAAUGUUGUCCACAACACGGACUCAUACCAGCUGGUUCACGAGGCGUCCUGUGAAAGCCUGGGCAAAUCUUGUGCCCCACAUGGAGUCUGUUCACUGAAGGAGCGCAUUCAGUGGAUCUUAGUGGACAAAGGUAGCUACAAUUCCUUUGUACCAGUGAGGAUCGGCAAUCACUGCAUUUGCCAGCACUCAUGAAAAGACAAAGAACGCACAGAAAGCCAACUCUAACAAUAGUUUAUCAACCUCCCGGGGAAUGGAGAUUGGUAAAGAUGUUUCCAUUUAAUAAUGAACAAAUGUUUAGUUUGUUGUGCUUGCAGGUAGCUCUUUCGCAAUACACAUAGGCAUGCAUGUGUAUGUCAGGGUUUGAAAUAAAUGUCAUUGAAUGCUUCGGUGAAAUGCAA